AGGGAAUGUAGCCAGGGGAGGGUGCGAGGAGCUGGGGCUGGAGUGGCUGGAAGGUGGAGGCCAGGUUGUGGGGAAGCACUGGGAGUCAGGGAAUGGGUUAUGAAGGGCUUUCGGCAGGAGGGACCUGUGUCUGCCAGGGUGUCUGGAGCUGGGCAGCAGCACGUGCAGUUCAGGGGUAAAAGAGCACAGAGAAGCUGAGCGUGCAGUGUGGGGUUCUUUGUGAAGUAGUUGCACGAGGGGAGUCUAGGAUACCAGAAAUGUGGUCCUAUAUGUAAGGAUCGUGGGCAGAAGUAUCUGAAGGCAGAUGAAACGGUGUGUUUGUAAGUUUCUACUAGACACCUCACACGUGUGCGAGAUAGGGAGCUUGUGCCCUGACCUACUGCAGAGGACUAGCAGGGGCUGUCAGCAGAGCGAGGGAGGCUUCUGGAGAGAUGCUGCAAGUUCAUGAGAUUGUUCAGGGCUGGAUGAUGGGAAGAAUCAGAGAAUGGCUUGGGUUGGAAGGGACCUUAAAGCCCACUCAGUUCCAACCCCCUGUCAUUGACAGAGUUGCCUCCCACCAGCUCAGGCUGCCCAGGGCCCCAUCCAACCUGGCACUGAGUGCCUCCAGGGAUGGGGCAUCCAUAGCUUCUCUAGGCAGCCUGUUCAAGAAUGCUGUAGAGUCCAGAUGGUAAGGGAAAUGAUGGGACAGGUAGGUACGUGCAAGCAGUGAGGCUCCACUUCUGGGAUGAAAGAGUGUCCUGUUCUUCUGUGUGGUCCAACCUUCUACCUGAGGCUGUCAUGUACUGCAUGAUGGCUGAACAUUUGGGAUGUGGGAGAUGGAUGGUGUUCUGAGAGAGUAGACAAAGCAUGACACAGGACACAGGUGGGGAGAAUCAGAUGUGACAGUCAACUGUGGGUUACUGUUUGGGCACAAAACAUGAAGGUGGUAUAGUUAGGUGGUUAGUGGUGGCUUAACACUAAACAGAAUGAGCAAUUGGUUAGGAAAUUGGCAUGAAGCAAAGAGAAGUAUCAACUAAUAAGUGAAAGUAGGGAGUUGAUUGUGGAACAGUUCUAAGCCUGCCAGCAUGAAAGGGAAGAUGCUUUUAUUCUCUAGAUGCCAGACCUUGCUUGCAGUCAGAACAAGACUGUUGCCUUCUGCGAGAGGAGCAGCAGGUCUCGUAGCACUCACCUUGGAAAGCAGCAGCUUCUCCUUGGUUGGGGCAGUUUUAACCUCACUGACUUGGGGCUGAGGAGAGGAGGCUGUAUCAAGUCAGGUUUGUCUCACCAAGCCUUGUGGAUGACAGGCUACUCUGCUGCCGAAAUAGAUUUGGAGGAAGCGGAGAAAACAGCUCCUUAAGUUUUGAGGGGGUCCAGCAAUGUUUUUAUUUUCCUUUGUAAGUAUUUUGUCCUGGAUUUCUCCAUGAAAAGCCCACACAUACACUCUAGGAGUUGUGAAGCAUCCUUAAAUGCAUCAACCUUUAAAACCAGGAAAAGAAGUGAGGCUUAUUUUCUUCUAUUUUGUUGGAAGUUAACAUUCAGUCAGUGAUUGCUCAACACGUUACAAAAGCAAGUAUUGGGAAGCUAAGCAAUGCGCUAUGUGAAAUCAAACAAAAAGAAAAAACAAACAACCCACAGGGUAUGGAAUGAAAGAAGUGACAUACCUAAAGAGCUUUAGUCCUGUCUUCUUUCUGCUCACCUCUCUCCAGCUUUAUAUUAGGGCUGUAAGGCCUGUUUGCAGUGACUUGGUGCUACAGGUGUGGGGCUGGUGGAGCCGCGUAAGGGCUGGCAGGCGGCUGCUGUGCCUUCAUCCAGCACGAGUGCACGCGUCCGAAUACCACAGCAGCUUGAUCAGCUUUCUGUUGGAAAUCAUAGGAGCUGCUCCAGUGAGAUAUUACAGUCGGUGUGAUAUCACAUCAUUGGUGUAAUGGCUCUGUUUUGGUUCUUUUGUUUUUGUUUUCACUUAGCACCGAUCUCCAAAAAAGAUUAUUUGCAAUGAAUGUGACCUUUUUUCUAACUCAGAGCAUAAGAAUAGCUCAAGGGCUCAUAUUUUUCUCCCCUUGCUGGCUGCUCCUCAAACAACAAAAGAAAGACAGCAUUUGUAUUUUAAGUUAGAGUUAGCAAGGGUGGCAGUUUUGGGAUCUGGGAAUUUUCCCAUUGAGGUGGGGCUUUUGAUGGUGGUUUUUCCAGUCUUUUUUUUUUUUUUUUCUCUUUUCUUUUUUGUGGCAAAGGGGUCUUGGGAUCUUGGAUCUCACUGCACUGUUGUGAACUCUUAACACCUUAAUUGAAGGGGUGGAGAUGCUGAAGCAUUAACAAAGACCUCCUUUAUCCAAAAUGUUAAUCAAUCAUUGACGUUAAAUAAGUGUGAACAAAACCAACUAAAAAAAAAACCCUAAACAAGUUUUUGUCUAAGUUCCCCCCCCUUCCUAUUCAGUUGCUCAGUCUUUGGUCAGGUUAGUGUUAGCAAUUCUUUUGGGGGUGUGCUUUAUCUAUGCGUACAUGCACGUGUUUUGACAGCGUGUGGUAAAAGUUAUGUUUCUGACUUCCCGGUACGUAUCUUUUUCUUUCCAAGGCAAAUCAUUUGCUUCAUAGAUGCCAUAGAAUUGUUUCGAGAUGUGCUCUGCUGUGAUGCGAGGGAAAUAGCAGGGAUAUGACAAUGCAGUUGUAACCAUUUUCUUGCGGGGGAAGGGCGCGUGCAUGGUGUCUUUUGGAGCUUUUGUGAGGUUUGGGGAAGAUGCUUUUCUUUUGGCUCUUGUGAUCGGUUCACUUGUUUGUCGGUCAACACGGUCUUCUAGGCAGGACCUGAAUUUUAAUGUGGAAGAAAAUAAAUAGGUUUCUGUUCAUACAACCAGAAACUUUGUAGACCUGUUCUGUAUAUUAUGAAUACAAAGAGUGUGGACUCUUCCCCACGCUUCCCUCCCUCCCCAUCUUGCACUGAACCUUCCCAGUUCACGUACUUGGAGUAUUUUCAGUUAGUCCACAGCCAAAGGAACUGCAUUUGUCACUGAAUAUCCAAAUAUAGAAACCGAGGCACCUAUAAGCCACAAGGCUAAAAUAUUCAUGUGCAAUGGUUUUUUUCUGGGUGAUUUGUAUGUACGAGGUGGAUAAGAAUGGAGUAACCUUUGGUCCAUUUCUAGCUGUUCAAAGACUUGCUGCUCUGUAAUAUGUUGAAUUUCCAUUAUUUCUACUGGAUUUUUUUCUAGAUUUCUGUUUCUUCUUGAGUUCCUAACACACUUGGCAGUUCUGUUGCCUUGCAAACUGUGUGUGGCUUUAGAGUUGGUCUUUUAUAAAUUCAGUGGAAAAAAAAAACAAACAACCCAAACAACAAAUUCCUUAUCCUUAUCUUAGGGAGAAACCGACGCUCAAAUGAGUAUUCAAACUCAUUCACAUCCUAAAUGUCAACUAUGUUACCCAGCAGGAUUUGAUCUCUCCCACUUUCUAGAAGUUUACCAGGAUUUCUUCAGAGCAAGGCAGGCAGCCUUCAUAAAAUCCUGCUAUCUAGUUUGCAUGGCCUUGGACUUCACAGAAAUCUCGGUGCCUCGGUAAGGUCUGUGGUCUGUUUACAUAGAUAUCAAGUCCUUUAACCCAGCAAGAUUUGCUGUGGGCUAGGAUUUCCUGCUUACAAGCUCAGCUGGAGUCCCUCUAGUCUUCCUGCUGGCAAAAUGAAGGUGUUAACUCAGGUUUUGAGUGCAUUUUGUGAAUGGAAGGAGAUUUUUUUUGCUUUUUUUUUUUUUUUUUUUCCUUUGGUCUGAGUACUGCUGUGCCUGUCGUUUAGAAUGCCUUUCCCCGUACCUUUGCUUGUCUUGUUAUGCUUUUCUUCUUCUCUUUUAAUUCUUUUGGAACUGGAUAUUCAUUUUGGCAGGACUGUGCGAGCACAGAGUUUGGGAUUGCAGAUCUUGACAAAUUUGAGCAAAAAAACCCUCCAAACACAUCUGUUGGGAGAAUUUGGAAGUUUCCUUUAAGACCAGGACAUCUUACAAACACUGGUUAACUCUGUAGCAACAGCAAGACAUAAGAUGAUAUUUAAAGGUGUGCUGAAUCCAAAUUAACUGUCUCAAUAUUGUCUUUAAGACGAGCAUCAUUCAUAUUUUUUUUUCAGAAAUGGGGUUGCAUUUUCUGUCUGCAUUCUUGCCUUUAGGCCUGUCUACUUGCUGUUCACAUGCCUGUGAGCCGUUCUUUCUCUGGCAGAGCUGGCUUUUGAGGAGCCUGGCUGCUGGACCCUGCACCAGUCCUUCCUUCGUGCCAGUGCUGCCCGAGCAGCUGGAUGCUGAAAUGGAUCAAGGGACCAAUCAAGGGCUAUAAGUAGCCUGGCCAAAAAAAAAAGAAAAAGUUAUAUUUAGCCUGGAUCAGUUUGCCAAAGUAGUUUGGUGUUUGGCCAGGCGUGCGGUGGUACUGGCACAUCAGACAGCGUGGUGCAGGGGUGGAAGUCAAUCUUGGUAGCUGCAGUCUUUUCAGCUGGCAUUGCUGCCAAAAGGAACGCUCACCUAACUGUACCCCUAAGAGUCUGCUAAACUUGCUAAAUGUUAUUUACACCUAUUUGUUACAGCUUCUCUUGCCUGAGAAUGAUUCCUUCAGCUUAUCCUUUCUGCCAAAAGUGUUUCUCAUCCCCAAACGUGUGUGCUGCGUAUGAAAAGAGAAGCCACGGUUAAGUGUUAGUGGGGGCAAAAAGAGGAGCGUGGCUGUUGAGCUAUGGAGAAUUUUCUGCUGCUUCAUGGCCGUCUGAUGAUACAGAACAUGUAGUGUAAAUUGCUGAUAGAAUAUUUAGCGUGGUUGCAAUUAAGCAGCGAAACUCACGCUGUGAGAAUCAUCAGGAGCAAGAAUUCAACAAGAGUUAAAAGGAUCAGAUGUCUGUAGGAAUAUGAAGAAUAUUCAAUUAUCAUAAUCAGCGACAGUAAAAAUUUUGGAAGAAGUAUUAAGCCUGUGGUCUAAACCUUGAUUUUAUUCUGCUCUAACAGAUGUGCUUCUAUAUUGGGAAAAGAGGGGGAGGGCAGGGGUUGUUUUGCCUGCUUUUACCCUGGCGGUCUUGCACGCUUCUCUGGAAACUUUGAUUGGUACCAGAAUUGGAGAUGUGCCUGUAAAUUGCAUGGGUUCUGGUUUUAUCUUGGUGACCCUCCUGAAAUCUGGUCUGAGAUUCUAAACCGUGACCACGGUGGAAAGUGACCUGCUGCUCCCCGAGUUAUGUUUGCUUCACUCCUGUUUCUGUGAGUUGUUCCCCAGAGCUUUGGUUUUUUUCUUCUUUGAUGACACUCGCUAAAUUUAUUUUAAAGGCUGUUAGGAAAUUGCACUCUACUGUAUUUUAAGAAUGAGUCUUAUCUGUUUCAGGUAGCUGAACAUGCUCCAAGAUCCCUUGUUUUUCAGAGAGACUUAAAAUCAGAGAUGUGCUGUUCCUUGCUUGGCCUCGAAGAAGGAGCUUGUGGAAUAGGGAACGGAGAUGAGAAGUGUCACUGUAAGGUGGCUGGUUUGUUUGUGUGCUUGUUUCUGAAGCCUGGUUGGAAUCAAUGAAAUGCUUUUGAAGGAGAGAGAAUGGCAAGUAUGCUUUACAUGUGACACAAUUUAUCUCAACAAAGCAAGGCUGAGAGGUGCUGGAGCAAUGUCCUCUGAGAGUUCACUGAGAAUCAUUGAGAAUCGGGUGCCUCAGUCUCGAAAACAAUAGUGAUUUUAAGUGCUCCUUAGAGAUUUUUGGCAACCUGUGGCCAAAAGAGAGUGUGAUAUAUGUGAUAAUUUAACUGCAUACAGAAUGGAAGGAGUGUUUGCUUCCUUCUGUAUUCAGGUCGGAGUAGUUGUGAUUCAGGAACAUGGGCAGCUCCUCUGAGCUGGCUGUCCAGUUUGUCUGACUGUUGGGCCUUUUAAGAAAGGAGUGCCACUAUAUUCCUGCUGCUUACCUUGGUAGAGGGAUGCCUGUGUGCAUCAGCAGAGUUGGAGAGCUCAGCAACAUUUGUCCAUCUUGUCACUGCAUGGCCCCCAGUGCCCUUUGUACUUCUGGAACAGAGGUUGCAGGUACCUGUUUUACCUUUGAUACCUUUCAAAGCCAGCUGAGGUUGGAUCUUGUGAACUUGAGAAGAAAACCGGCCUCUUAAUAUGCCUGUGAUUUAUUGACUAGACUGUGUUGCUUCCGCUCCACAAAAUGCUUUAGAUCUGCAUUUCUACUUGAGUACGGCGCACAAAAGAGUUUUUGCCACCUAUGUGGUGUGUAUGGAUUGGUGCAAAAUAUGAUGGAAUAUUCUCUUUUGGUAGCUCACUGCUGAAAACCAUGGGUAAGGUCAAGCAUGGACCCUUCUUUAGCUUACUCAGAGCUCUACCCUCUGCAUUUUGCUAGAGUGACUUCUUCAGGCAUCUCGAUACAGCUGUUUCUUUGCCUACAGAAUUGCAGUGGUUUAUCUACAUACUGAUCUGGUUUUGUUUGGGGAUUGAUUAGAGGUGUAUUUGCAGUGUAAUAUAAGCUGUAGCCUGUCAAAGAAGGGCAGCUGCAGCUUCUGCAGUUGGAGCUGUUGCAGUAGAGUUGAGGCCAUCCUCGAUGUGGAGGAGCUCUUCUCAGAAUCCGUGCAAACAGAAUUGAAAUUUUCUGCAGCAUUUUAGAUGUAUGAAUGAGAAGGGAGUGAAGAAUUUCAAGCUGAAAUGGCUUGACAGCUUGUUAGCAAGAAAAUGCUCUCUUCUGCCUCAAAAAAAAAAAAAAAAAAAAAAAGCCCUUAACCUUCUUGUGGUUGGGGAUUGGAAGUUGAAACUGUCAGGCAAAUAGCCACCAUCCAGGAGAAAUGCUUCUGAGUGUUCUUGUGAAAGGUAGCUUUGAUUUGACAGUUGCAAGGCUUUGAGAAUAGCACUCUGUUUAUACAGCGCUGUAAAUACUUUGAAGUUUUUUAGGCUUUGCUGUACAUGCGUGGCUAUUUAGGAUAGUAUUAAAUGUAUACAUGUUGGUUGAAUGAGGGAGGAUUCUGCGGCCGUUGGAGUUGCAUGCACUUUGUGCUUUUAUAAAUCACGUCAAGGCAGCAGGUUAGAUAAUAGGCCUGAUUAUGGAGUUUCUUAAUUUCUUGUCAAAAUAAGAUUUUUGCAUGCGGUGUUUCGAGAUCUUCUAGGUGACCUCCCAUUAUUUAACAAAUGUCAGUUUUUCAUCCCGGCAGCUUUGAUACGAUCAUGUAGCCUCCUGGAGCAUGGUGUGCACGCUGUCUUUGCUUGUAGACUUUCUUUGAAGUGCCUUCCUCCUCAGAAGAAUCAUUGCUGUGCUGACGAGCUGACGUUUAACAGCUAGGAAAGCAGCACGCGGAGGCAUCAUGCUGGGUCACUAGAGAUAGUGAUGUGUGUAAUGUGCCCGAGGUGGGUCUAAAAGCGGAGGAAGGAAAGGUUCAGCACAGCCUUAGUACCCUGCACGAGAGGGCUGUGGCUGUGGUCGUGUGUGCUUCACCCUGCCAACCUGCCAGGGUGGGACAGCCUGGUGUUAGAAGGCUGCAGGAGGGCUUGUGCAGGUGAGAGAGCAGCUGGCGGUGGUGGUUGUGAAAGAAAACUGAUGCUGGAAGGCAGUGAUGCUUAGGGGAGCCUUGAGACACUGCUCAUCUGGGAUGAGUGGGAGGCCGGGUCACUGGUCAGCCGAGGUUUGAUGAAGGAAGGUAUGUGGGUUUCCCCCAGCACUCCUGCCAGACCUGGGGUAUGGGGUUCCCACCCAGCACACCCAGUAGCGACGGUCCUCUUUGGAGGAGGUCUGUCCUGUGCUAGCCCAGCCUCAUUUAGCUUAUGAAAACUGUCAGGAUUGCAACCUGAGGUGUUAUGCCUGAGGACUGUUUCAUACCUUUCAUUCUAGAAGCUUGGCGAGGGGAUGCCAAAAUGAAACAAAAAAGCACUUGCUUUUUUUUUUUUUCUCCUCCAUUCUGAGCUGAUAGGUAACUUAUUUCUUCCAAGGCUUCUGCUUAAACAGUGUGGUGUUACUGCAUAUUGAAGAACAAGCUCAAUUCUCUUCAGUCUUGUAUUCCUAUCCGUUGUUUUCUUUUCUUUUUUUUUUUUUUUUUUAUUACCUGUAGUUGUUGUUCAUGCUGAUGUCACUAUUUAUGUUUUAGAAAAAAUAAACCCAGAGGAGUAGGGGAGAUUGCCUCUGGCUGCAAUCCUGAUAUCUUUUUGCCCCAGACAGAUGUGAUUUUGACAGGAGGCAAAGCUACAAAGCCUGUGGACAUCUCUGGCGUUAUGCAGUGGACUCCAAAACAUAGUGUUGACUGGUGCUAGGUCUGUUAACUGCUAACAUGAUGUAGAAAGCUGCAGAAGCCUGUCAUAUAUUGGGGAAAUAUUGUUAAAGCAUUUCUUGAGAAAUCUCUGAUUGCUAAAAGCUUUUGAUCUUUGUCAGUGUUAACAAUAGUAGCAACUCCAGAGCAGACAGGCUGCUGCUCAGGUAAGUGACACUCCACGUAAAGUGCUUAAAACUCCAGCUGUAAUGUACGAGUACAGCUUUGUUGAUGUAAGGAGAGCUGGUAUCACUCUGGCAGCUAUGCUGAGGAUGCUGAGGCUGGUGCUAGUGGGAUGUUGCAGCAUACCAUGGCCACGGUGCACCAAGCACCCUGGUGGCAUCCCUGCCAACCCGUAGCUGCAAAGUUGGUGAAGCCAUGGUGUUAACAACAGGAAUUGUUUGCACCAUAAUUGUCCAGAAGCAGGUUGCUGUAGCUUUGGUGUGUUGUGGAACUGCAUCAGAAAUUGCAGGGAACUCCAGAUGUCUGUGGACAGCUUGAAUCUGCUCACCAGUGUCCAUUAAUAUCUGUCUCCCCUGUUACUUUGUGGAGGGAGUUGUGGAAAGAGCUGUAUGCAAUCAGAAACUAUCUAUGAAAGGUGAUCAUCCUCCUUGUCUUAAUAGCACAAUGAAGAGUUUUUACAGCACCAAAAGUUUAAUGGACAUAUUAUGGACACCUUUUAUGGUUUACUGGACCACUUGCCCACUGCAAAAGAUUGUUUUCGAAUGGUUUCUGUAAAUACUCAGAGUGAAUAGCUACUGAAACAGCCUUUACAUCAGAGCUGCUGUUAUCCUUGUGCUUGUCAGAAGGAAGAGUGGGCUGUUGCAUUAGGAAUGUCAUAAAACUCUAUUCUCUGAAACUUCGGUUGUGAUUGUGCUUUGUCAGUGGUGGUUUUGACUGUGCUUUUUGAAGAUCAGAGAAUGGAAGGUAGAACUUUCUGUGGCUGUCUCUACUUAUUUGGAGUGGACUUCUGGGGGAGACUGGUUCUUUGGGAAACAUCCAUUUGGUGGUAGAAAUGAGGGGGGGAAGUGUGGAAGAAAGUAUCUGUGCUAUGUUAACCAAGGUGUGUGAAUGUGUAGGCAGAGCUAGAUCCAGUGGAAUGGCACUUGUGACCACACAUCACAUUUGCAUGGUGUGGUUUUUUUUUUUCUUCCUUAUGGUUUCAUGAAGGUUUAUAGCAUGGUUUUGAAAUCUUACAUUAAUCUGAGCUAUUCAAAGGGACUUAUUUUCUUGUAGUGGCAUAGUCUCCUUCUUUCUUUCCUUCUUUCUUUCUUUCCUUCUUUCUUUCUUUCCUUCUUUCUUUCUUUCUUUCCUUCUUUCUUUCUUUCUUUCCUUCUUUCUUUCUUUCUUUCUUUCCUUCUUUCUUUCUUUCUUUCCUUCUUUCUUUCUUUCUUUUUUCCCAUGUAAAUGUGCUUGUAGAUCAUCAAGUAUUGAUUUUGUGUGUGCUGCCUAUCUUUGUGCAGACCUUUUCUCUGUGCUUCAAGGCAUGGAGUUAGUUGUGAGCAGUAAGCUGCCCGUGAUUUAGAGGUUAAUGGAGUGGUGGAUUCACAGUAUGUGUGUACAACUCAAGUUAUUUCAUCAGCCUCUUUUGGAAGUUGUAGUGAGCCUUGUCCUGUAUUCAUGUAGUGAAAUGAAUUUAGGUGACAGGAUUUGGAUUCUUUUUUUGAUUGACAGUUGCUUUUGGUGAAAGACUUAUCAGCAAAGAAGUAGUGCUGUGAAGCUUCUCUGACUUGUGCAUAAGAAAUUCUUGGGAGGACCUUAGGUGUGUCAUCACUUUUAUUGCCCAGACAUAAACAGGGCAAAGUCCAUACUGUUUUAGGGUAGGUUAGGAUGCAUCUAGAAACUGGUGUCGGCUGUGAGUUGCUGUUCAGUCAGCUCAGUAUUAACAGGUUGGCUCUUGAUCUUCGUAGAAUCGCUGACUAUCCUGAGUUGGAAAGGACCCAUAAGGAACGCUGAAUCCAACUCCCAGCUCUGCACAGGACCACUGACCACCAUCCAAACCCACAGCUCUGAGAGCUGUGCCAAAGCACUCCCUGAACUCCAGUAUAUGUGGCCAUGCCCAGCACCCUCUAGUGCAGAGCCUGUCCCUAACUCCCACCUCCCCUGACACAGCUCUGUGCUGUGCCAUCUUUAUAAAAUAAUUUGUGAGUCAAUUGAAUUUGUAGCAUACCCCAGGUAGUGAUAGAACUUGCUAGCUUUCCCAGACCAGCAGCUGGUUUGGGGUGGAAUAUGACCCAUGGGCCAUCUGAGGUGCUUCUGGUGCAAAUAGCCUCUACAGUUCUGGCAGAAGGAGCAUAUCAGUGUGUCUUCUGAAAGACUAUUGAGUUACGAUGCUGGUUGUUCAGAGAACAAGGCUUGCAAACAGUGCUAUGGAGAGGGCGUGACAAUAGUUUGCCAUCUACUGAUUAUUUACUUGGACAAGCAGAAUCAUAGUAUGUCCAGGUGAUGUGUGUUGAUCGUGUGUCUCUAGCCCUGGUGUUUUGGUAGUUACCUGGUGUAUUUUCUGCUCUCACUUAAGAAGUGCAGAAGAAAUAGGCAGGGGAACAAUGUACGAACACUUGAACAACCAGCUGAAGCCUAUCCAUGCCUGCCUGCUUUGUGCCAACACCAGUGAGCGUGUGGCCAUCUGGUUGGCUGAAGCAGGAAGGCUGUCUGCUGAAAAUUAAUCCAGUCUUUUCUAGAGUUAGUUUUCAGCUGGAUCACAAGUGCAAAUGGUGGCUGGAAGGGAUAGACUUGGAUAUUCUUAGACUUACAGAAGUUAUUUCCUUGGCAGCAGCAUGUACUUGGCCUACUGAAGGUAGGGCAGUGUUUUGACAAGCCUAUCUUUUGACAAGAAUGCAUCUGGGUCCAGUACUGGUUGUAUUACAGAUGUGUGCUUUGUCCUGGGAAAGGGUGAGAACAGCUUUUGCUGAGAGAUAGGAGCAAUUUCAAGUGUAGUUAAAAGUCCCUGAUAAGGGCUGUAUCUAGAAGUAUGGACUGAUCUGAGGUAUUGAGAGUGUUCUUUGUCCCCACCUCCUCAGUUGUCGUGGGGAGAUGUGUGCGGUGUUGGAAUACUCAUAUCGACUUGCCUGUUUGCCUACACAUGAUCUUAAAGGAGUGUGACAGCUGAAUAAAAGCACUGAAUAACACUUCCUGCGUCCUCCUUGUUUCCUAGUUGCACUCUUAUCAGUGAGGUGUAUAAUCAGAUACUCUGUUAAACAGCAGCUUAUUAAAAAAAAAGUAACACGUGCAGUUCAGUUGCAAGCGUGCAGGAAAGGCAGAUGUUAACCAACUGUUAAGGUGUACAUAUGUGUGAAAACCAGCAAUAAGUCUGGGCUCACCUUUUGCCAGUGUAGGUGUUGUCCCACUUAAGUGGUUAAAUGAAGAUGGGGGAAAUAGGAUGUGCCCUUCCCAGCCAAAUUGUGCGAAAGGAGCUGGUGCGUUCAUUCAUUGCCUUAGCCCAUCUCUCCAGUCACAUGGGGAACCCAGUGGUGGUUGCACACAUUUCUUCCUGGUGGCAGCAGCUCAGACUGCUGCUGAUGCCACUGCUCUCGGUCCCUCCCGAGGCUAUAGCUCUUUGCAGAGCAGUCUCAUAACUCCAGCUGCUCUCUCAUCUCUUUCCUGCUUCACUACCCCAGUUACAAUUCAGGGUGCUGGCUCAGCUUGCAUUCAAAGUCAUCGCUUGUUUUCAAUAGCAGCAGGCUUCUAGCCUUUUUCUUUUUCCAUGCUGGUUUUGGGCUUUUGCCACCCUUGGUCCAGCGCAGAUUGACAGCCUCAGAAAGGCAGUGUGGGGAAAAAAAGAGCUGCACUCUUUCUUGUACGCUAAAAGGUUUCUUGCCUUUAAUGCUUCGUGUCACAGUAAGGCCAUAAGUUUGAUACUUUCAUCUACUUGGUAUGCCUUUAUUUCAUCUCCACAUUCUCCUCCUCAAAGAGGGAGAAAAGACUGAAGUGAAUCAGUGAUAGCUACAGCUGUUCCUGCUGAAGCAGCCACAAUGCUGUACACCUCCAAGUACCUGGCCACUUGUUGCUGUCAAGCAAUGCAAGCCCUGCUUCUGCAGUCUGAGGGCACAAAGAGGGAGCAAGCUACUUUGUGUGGUUUGUUUUUUCUUCUUUUAACUUCUGUUUGCAUCUCAGUAAUAUGGUGGUUAGUUCACAGAAGAUGGUUCAUGAGUAAGUUACUGUUAGGUAAGAUGAGUAUCUAUGUCUUGUUAGUUACUCAGUAGUGGCUGCUUGUGUGCACGCUCUCACCUUAUUGCUGAGAAGCAAGUUGUCUUACACCGGCCAUGGGCUAAGACUGUGCUGGUGAGCAGCAAAGGGAAGUAAACUAGAGAGUGGUGUUACCUUGCAAUAACCUUCUAUUUUAUACCUCGUAAUGCCAAUUUGAACUUGAAUGUUUCAAGCAACAGAGCUCCAGCCGUUUCUGCUGAUAGAUUCUGUCCAUCGUGAUGUGUGCUGGUGUUUGUGCUUUCUCUUUUAAGAGAAAGGGUGAAUUUGUUGCUGUGGUGACAGCAGUGUGUCAGUAUAGGCACUGACAUGGCACUGCCAGCAUUGCUGUCUUGGGUGGGGAAAGGGAAGAAGCGAUAGGAGGAGGUAAUUGGAGUCAGGGAUCAUUGUGCUGCUGUUGUACGUUUUGCUGGAUGAGGCAGCUUGUUGCAAUAGGUAUUUGUUUCAGUUUCUGUCUGCAGGUGUGACUUAGCUAGAUAAGGAUGGUCUAUCACCUUGAUGAUUUCAUUGUUUGAUUUGGCUGGAUUGAGUGGAGAAUGUAGCUCCAUUGUUUGGGACCAGCAUUGUAGUUUGGUUUUGUUGAAGUGUAUUACAUGGCAAGGUAUUGCCUCAUUAUUAAGGUGAAGCUGCAGUAGGUAACAGUUGGAGAACGUCAGAGGGAAGAGGACAUGCAGAGUGUUUCACAGUGCACACUGAGCCUCACAGCAGCUCCUGUGCUCCCGUUGGAGGGAUCUGGUCAGCAGAAGAGACUGAGGUAGCACAGAAAAAACACUGGUAGCUCUUUUGGCGUGCAGUCACACUAAAUGCAAGGCUAUCUGCUGGUGUGAGCACGGGGUGCUCAGAGAGACUGCGUUGGCUCCGACAGUUUGGAUGCUGUCUGGCUUCAUACUGCUCCUGCAGCCUCUCUUGUUUUCAGAGUGGUUGAAGGAGAAGAAGCUGGCAGGUAGCUAGCUGAUCUUUCUUUACUGACCUCAAAUUUACUAUUGAGCUGCUCCUCAAAGUCUGUUUCCCUGUGUCAGUAUGUUUUCAGGCACUUGUGUUUUCUUUGAGAUGUGGCUGAGCAUUACUGUUGGAGGGCUGUCUCCAGUACUGAAAGUGUGGCUCUCAGCCUAUGAACUCCUUUGACCUACAACCGUAGUGGCAAAGGGUCCCUUCUGCACUUCUCACAAGCAAACUUCAGGGCUGUCUUACACGGAAAGGUUUUGGUGUGAGUUCCCUUCUCCCCGGGGCAUAGCACAGUGACAUGGAAUAAGGGCUGGUAGAACAGCAGGUUGUGCAUCUUCCUUCUAAAACCUGCCUGGUUCUCCCCUAGGUGUGGUGGAGCCGUUAGCUGGCUUUACCUGAUACUUCAUGUUUUUAUUUAUGGCUUUUGUGGAUGUGGAGGAGGUUUUGUAUGGAGCAUAGGGGUUUGGCUGGACUCACAGUGAGGGGAAAGUAAGCUUUUGAAGAGGAAUGGGUGCAGAGAAAGGGGAGGUUGCUCAUAUGAGCCUUGUGCCAGCUUCUCAGAGCACAGAUGAGCUCAUGGGAAUCCAGCAAGCUUAAAUGUGGGAGUGUUGAAGCAGGUCUGAGCUACCUCCCCUCUGCACAUCCUUGUGCCACAGGCUUCUUCAGAUGGUUCUAGUCUGACGAUGGCGUUUUUGCUUCUGAUGAAUGUUGCCAGCCUAGGCAAAGGCUCUCCCCAUCAGUGAUUGAGAGCAAGUUUUGAUUCGUCUGCUUCUGGAGCUAGGUGCAGGGAAGGAAGGGGUGGCAGCUGGCUGGGCUGCGUGUUCUUGUUGCCGUGUUGCUGAACUCUGCCUCUCUCCUUGUUUUCAGGUGAUCAUUGCUUGUGAGAGGAGUGGUUUGCACCUCAUGGCCUCCACAAUGAGUACUGCUGUGUCGUGACGCCAGGGGUCUUGUGUGCCCUGGAGAUGCGAGACUUCCCCUGGGCAGCAGGAGGCACGCGUCUAGAGAAUGCUGGAGCUGCAGGAGGGAAGCACCCCGUGCAAAACCAGAGAGGAGCAAAGAGAAAAAAGGCAAGCAGACAGACAGCACUGAGAGAAGCGGGUGGCAGAAAGUGCUACAGAGCUGCCUCUGGCGGCACAGUCCCCAGAGGAACUUGACGAGAGCCCAUCUGCGUGCGUGUGAGACAGCUCAGGAUUUCUGUCAAUGCAUUCCAGUAACCCCAAAGUGAGGAACUCCCCGUCAGGCAACACACAGAGUAGCCCCAAAUCAAAGCAGGAGGUGAUGGUCCGUCCCCCUACAGUGAUGUCCCCAUCUGGCAACCCCCAGCUGGAUUCCAAGUUUUCCAACCAGGGCAAACAAGGGGGCUCGACCAGUCAAUCCCAGCCCUCUCCCUGUGACCCCAAAAGUGGAGGUCAUCCCCCGAAAGUGCUCCCUGGCCCAGGUGGGAGCAUGGGGCUGAAGAAUGGGGCUGGAAAUGGUGCCAAGGGGAAGGGAAAGAGAGAGAGAAGCAUUUCAGCAGACUCCUUUGAACAGAGGGAAGCUGGGACUCCUAAUGACGACCCUGAAAUCAAAGACUGCAAUUCUGCUGAUCAUGUGAAGUCCCAGGAUUCUCAGCACACACCGCACUCCAUGACACCUUCAAAUGCUUCAGCCCCAAGGUCUUCCACACCUUCCCAUGGCCUGACUGCUGCUUUGGAACCAGCAAGUGGGCAGAAGACUCCAUCCAAAGUGGUUUAUGUCUUUUCUACUGAGAUGGCCAACAAGGCUGCAGAAGCCGUGCUGAAGGGACAGGUGGAAACCAUUGUGUCCUUUCAUAUCCAAAACAUCUCAAACAGCAAGGUGGAACGAAACACUGUACCCUUGAACCCCCAGAUCAAUGCACUUCGGACUGAACCCAAACCCCUGCCGCAGCCACAGCCCCCUACUGCCCAGGACCAGAACCCUCCUCAGAACGCCAAAAUGCAGCCGACUGCACCUGUGUCAGCACCAGUAUCCAAAUCCACUGGUCCCCCGUGUCCCAUAGACCAGGACAGUCCCAGUGUGGAAAGCAAAGUGAUGUCUGUGGGCAGCCCUGCCAACUCGACCCCGCUGCAGACAGAAGGAUUUGGGCAGAGUUCAACCCCCAAUAAUCGAGCAGUUAGCCCCGUUUCCCAAGGUAGCAAUAGCUCUGCUGCAGACCCCAAAGGUCCUCCCCAGCAGGUGUCUGGUGGGGACCCAGCCAGUUUGGGUGAGAAUCCAGACGGACUGUCGCAGGAGCAGCUGGAACAUCGAGAGCGCUCUUUGCAGACCCUGAGAGACAUACAGCGCAUGCUCUUCCCUGAUGAGAAGGAGUUUGCUGGAGGGCAAAGCGGAGGGCCACCUGCAAAUUCUGGGGUGAUGGAUGGGCCCCAAAAGAAACCUGAAGGGCCAAUACAGGCCAUGAUGGCGCAAUCCCAAAGUUUAGGCAAAGGGUCAGGGUCUCGGACAGAUGGAGGGGCUCCGUUUGGCCCUCAAGGACACAGGGACAUGCCCUUUUCCCCAGAUGAAAUGGGGCCACCACCAAUGAACUCCCAGUCGGGACCUAUAGGCCCAGACCACCUGGACCACAUGACUCCUGAGCAGGUGGCCUGGCUCAAGCUGCAGCAGGAGUUCUACGAGGAGAAGAGAAGGAAACAAGAGCAGGUUGUUGUGCAGCAGUGUUCCCUGCAGGACAUGAUGGUCCAUCAGCACGGGCCUCGUGGGGUCGUCCGAGGCCCCCCUCCUCCCUACCAGAUGACCCCCGGGGAAGGCUGGGGACCUGGGGGUCCAGAGCCCUUCCCUGAAGGCAUGAACAUGUCACACUCUCUGCCCCCCAGGGGUAUGGCCCCUCAUCCUAAUAUGCCUGGGAGCCAGAUGCGCCUGCCUGGUUUUGCGGGAAUGAUGAACCCUGACAUGGAGGGCCCCAGUGUCCCAAAUCCUGCCUCUCGGCCAGGGCUUUCAGGAGUCAAUUGGCCAGACGACGUGCCAAAAAUCCCAGAUGGCCGAAACUUCCCCCCUGGCCAGGGUGUCUUCAGUGGCCCUGGCCGAGGGGAGCGGUUCCCCAACCCGCAGGGCCUGCCGGAAGAGAUCUAUCAGCAGCAGCUGGCUGAGAAACAGAUGGGCCUCCCUCCUGGCCUCAACAUGGAAGGCAUCAGGCCUGGCAUGGAGAUCAACAGAAUGAUCGCCUCCCAGAGACACAUGGAGCCUGGGAAUAACCCCAUCUUCCCUCGCAUGCCAGUGGAAGGGCCGAUGAGCCCCUCCAGGGGGGACUUCCCAAAAGGAAUGCCCCCCCAAAUGGGCUCUGGCAGGGAGCUGGAGUUUGGGAUGGGCCCUGGUGGCAUGAAGGGGGACAUGGGCAUGAAUGUCAGCAUGGGCUCCAACCCACCCCUGGUACCUCAGAAGUUGAGGGAGGCGGGAGUCGGACCGGAAGAGAUGAUGAAACUGCGACCGGGUGUCUCGGAGAUGCUCUCCUCUCAGCAGAAGAUGGUGCCGCUGCCGUUUGGGGAGCACCCGCAGCAGGAGUAUGGCAUGGGUCCCAGGCCUUUCCUUCCCAUGUCUCAGGGCCCGGCAGUUGGUCUCCGAAACCUCAGAGAACAGAUAGGGCCUGACCAAAGGACUAACAACCGGCUCAGCCACAUGCCGCCACUACCUCUCAAUCCCACCAGUAACCCUAAUAGCCUCAACACUGCUCCCCCUGCGCAGCGCAGCCUGGGCCGCAAGCCCUUGGAUAUCUCCGCAGCCGGUCAGGUGCAUUCUCCAGGAAUCAAUCCUCUGAAGUCUCCCACCAUGCGCCAGGUCCAGUCUCCCAUGAUGGGGUCUCCCUCGGGGAACCUCAAGUCUCCUCAGACGCCCUCCCAGCUGGCAGGAAUGCUCGCAGGCCCCACCGCCGCAGCUGCCGCUGCUUCCAUCAAGUCCCCCCCGGUCUUGGGGUCUGCUGCUGCUUCUCCUGUCCACCUCAAGUCCCCGUCUCUCCCCGCACCUUCUCCAGGAUGGACUUCGUCUCCGAAGCCUCCUUUGCAGAGCCCUGGCAUCCCCCCGAAUCACAAGGCGUCUCUCACCAUGUCUUCUCCAGCCAUGCUGGGGAACGUGGAGUCGGGUGGUCCACCUCCUUCCACCGUCAGCCAGCCUGCUCCUGUGACUCUCCCUGGAAAUCUUCCCUCUAGCAGUCCUUACACAAUGCCUCCAGAGCCGACCCUCUCCCAAAAUCCUCUCUCCAUUAUGAUGUCCAGGAUGUCCAAAUUUGCCAUGCCCAGCUCAACACCGCUCUAUCACGAUGCCAUCAAAACUGUGGCCAGUUCAGAUGAUGACUCCCCUCCUGCACGCUCCCCAAACUUGCCUCCUAUGAACAGUGUACCAGGAAUGGGCAUUAAUUCUCAGAAUCCUCGAAUUUCAGGUCCAAACCCAGUGGGUCCAAUGCCAACCCUUAGCCCCAUGGGAAUGACCCAGCCUCUUUCCCAUAACAACCAGAUGCCCUCUCCAAAUGCUAUGGGACCCAAUAUACCUCCUCAUGGGGUCCCCGUGGGACCCGGCCUGAUGUCACACAACCCGAUGAUGGGGCACGGUUCCCAAGAGUCUCCAAUGGUACCUCAAGGACGCCUGGGCUUCCCACAGGGGUUCCCUCCUGUACAGUCUCCUCCACAGCAGGUGCCCUUCCCACACAACGGGCCCAGCGGUGGACAAGGCAACUUCCCAGCGGGAAUGGGUUUCCAUGGAGAAGGACCUCUGGGGCGUCCCACCAACCUGCCCCAAAGUUCGACAGAUCCAGCACUUUGCAAGACUGGAGGCCCUGGUGGUCCAGACUCCUUCACUGUUCUCGGAAACAACAUGCCUUCGGUUUUCACUGACCCAGAGCUGCAGGAGGUGAUCCGUCCUGGAGCCACGGGCAUCCCUGAAUUUGACCUGUCCCGGAUUAUCCCGUCGGAGAAGCCCAGCCAGACGCUACAGUAUUUCCCUCGCGGAGAGGUGCCAGGCCGCAAGCAACCGCAGGGCCCCGGGCCCGGGUUCUCCCACAUGCAGGGAAUGAUUGGAGAGCAGACCCCGCGGAUGGGACUAACGUUGCCUGGCAUGGGGGGCCCCGGGCCAGUGGGAACUCCGGAUAUCCCCCUUGGGACGGCUCCGUCCAUGCCGGGUCACAACCCGAUGAGACCGCCGGCCUUUCUGCAGCAAGGCAUGAUGGGGCCGCACCAUCGCAUGAUGUCACCAGCACAAACAGCAAUGCCUGGCCAGCCUGCGCUAAUGAGCAACCCUGUGGCUGCCGUGGGCAUGAUCCCAGGCAAGGACCGAGCCCCCGCCGGGCUGUACAGCCACCCGGGCCCCGUGGGGUCACCUGGGAUGAUGAUGUCAAUGCAGGGCAUGAUGGGACCCCAGCAAAACAUCAUGAUUCCCCCCCAGAUGAGGCCCCGAGGUAUGGCUGCUGAUGUUGGCAUGGGAGGAUUUAGCCAAGGCCCUGGAAACCCAGGGAACAUGAUGUUUUAAGCUGCUACCGUAAGACUGGAUGUUCCGAUCCUUGUCAAGAUGAGAUUCCAAGUCCUGAGGGCUUUUUUGGGAGCUUCAGGAGUACAGUUUGGCCAUGCAAUAGGUGAAAAGAGACCAGAGAACACUUUGGGAAAUCUCGAAUGUAUGGAAUUACCUGAAAAAAAAAAUUAUUCAUUUUAACAGGUUGUUUUUUUUUUGGUUUUUUUUUUUUUUUUUAAGAUUUAUUUUUUAAAAAUUAUUUUUGUGGACUUGGGUAUCCCGUGAUGGCACCUGCUUUGAGAAUCUGUAGCUGUAUUUUGAGAAUUGCCAUUUGUCACAAGUUGCACCAUUCUCUGUAUGUUUACGUCCUUUGGACUGGCUUCUCCCAGGACUCUCAGUUAUUUUGUUGUUUUUUUUUUUUUUUUUUUUUUUUGUGUACUGUACUAUAUUGUAAAAGGGAUUUUAGCAGAGACUUUAGUCUUUGGGGUGAGAGGAGAAUGGGAUUCUAGGCUGUUUACUUUAGGUGGAGAAUCCAUCUUCAGAACUUCGGACUAUUUUCCUUCAACUCCAAUGUAUAGAAAAACCAAACUACGACCUCAGAGCAGAGUAUUAAUGAAAAGCACAAAAAGGAACUUAAGUUCAGUGAGGGGAAUCUUUUAAAAGAAAUAAAUAAUAAGUUAAGGACAUAUUUUUCAAAUUAUGGCGUGCUGUCCAGCACCUUCUGUCUCUCCCUCCCACUCUUUUAUUAAAUAGGCUUCUCUCUCUCUCCGUCCCCCUUCUAUCUCCUCCUAUGGCAGCUGCAAUACAUUGUGUUAUUUUGGGGGGUAAAUCUAGGUGCGCCUCUCCUCACGUGGGGACUCUUCCCACUUCUAGGAAGGGGCUGGACUUGGACACUGUUACAUUCUACAGUAGUCUCUCUCACUGUUUCCUAUUCUCCUUUUCUUAGAAACCCCAAGUGAUUUUAUUAAUGUGGGAGUGGAACAGACACUAAAAGUUAUCCAGAAUUUUUUUUGUGGUUAUUUUUUUUUUUUUUUUUUUUUCCUCCCCAGCGUAAAACGUUCUGUGUAACCUCCAUUAAAUUUGGUACAAAACCACUCGCCAGGGCUGUGGUGUCAGAAAAAUAAAAUAUAUUGUUUCUUACAAA